CUUAAACCGAAUCCCCUCAUUCGUCUUCUACCGUCAAAAUGGUAUUCGCCUGGAAGUCCGCUGGUCUCACCUACAACCGCUACCUGGCUGUCGCCGCUCGCGCCGUCCGCCGCUCCCUCAAGGACGGUCCUCGUGCUGUCGCUGAGCGCCGUGGUCAGAUGGACCUGCGUUUCGCUAAGUGGGAGAACGGCAAGCAGGGUGAAGUCAAGAACCUUGCUCAGGUCCAGGCCACCCCCGGCCAGGCUGAGUCGAAAUGAGUUAUCUCUCCGCAAGAACGACUGUCUGAAUACAGAGAAUGAGCGCUGGGCAGAGGUUGAUGAGGUCUCGGGAGGUACUCUGAUGCAGGAAUGGACUGGAUCUCUGUAGCAAUAUUGGCCCGUUGACCAGGUAUAAAUAGAAAAGACUGUGUCCC